AUGGCUGCCGAAAACAAGCCGGAAGGACUGAAGAAAAUCCGUAAUCCGGAUCGAAUGUACAGAUCAGCAGUGUGUUAUUCGGCCCAUGCUCCUCCUAAGAGUGUCAGUGAUGACACAGAGACAAACAAUGAACACGGACAUUUGAAAAUAUACCUGCCCAAAAAGCUGCUUGAAUGUUUACCAAAAUGCUCUACGUUGCCAAAAGAGAGACACAGGUGGAACACCAAUGAGGAAAUUGCAGCAUACUUAAUAACGUUUGAAAAGCAUGAGGAAUGGUUGACGACAUCCCCUAAAACAAGGCCACAGAAUGGGUCAAUGAUCCUGUACAAUAGGAAGAAGGUGAAGUACAGAAAGGACGGCUACUGCUGGAAAAAAAGAAAAGAUGGGAAGACCACGCGGGAGGAUCACAUGAAGCUCAAAGUACAGGGAGUGGAGUGUCUGUAUGGCUGUUAUGUCCACUCCUCCAUCAUCCCCACCUUCCACCGCAGGUGCUACUGGCUUUUGCAGAAUCCAGACAUUGUGUUGGUCCACUACCUGAAUGUGCCAGCCAUCGAGGAUUGUGGGAAGCCAUGCGGGCCCAUCCUGUGCUCCAUCAACACAGACAAGAAGGAAUGGGCCAAGUGGACAAAGGAGGAGCUCAUUGGCCAGCUGAAGCCCAUGUUUCAUGGAAUCAAGUGGACUUGCAGCAAUGGGAACAGCAGCUCCGGCUUCUCUGUGGAGCAGCUAGUGCAGCAGAUACUGGACAGCCACCAGACCAAGCCUCCUCCCCGGACUCACAACUGCCUCUGCACGGGCACACUGGGCGCCGGGAGCAGUGUGCAUCAUAAAUGUAACAGCGCCAAACAUCGCAUAAUCUCUCCAAAAGUUGACCCUCGCUCGAGUGGCUACAGCAGUGGCCACUCUGAGCUCCAGAAUAAUGAUGUGUCAGAGGGUAAAAUAGAACACAGCCACAGCAGCAAGAACAAUGGGGGUGCAGGAGGAGGGAGUGUACGUGAGAAACGCAAUGGCAAAGUCCACAAACCUAUACUGCUACACCAGAACAGUACUGAAGUCUCCUCCACCAAUCAGGUGGAAGUGCCAGACACUACCCAGAACUCCCCUGUGUCCAUUAGCAGUGGGCUGACCUCUGAUCCGGACAUGGCUGACAGCCCAGCAGUGACAGGCAUGGGCCAUGUGGCCUCCGUCAUGAGCAGCCUAUCCCAGAGUGUCUUCAUGUCUGACGUGACUGGGGACCCCGUCUACAGCAUGUCCCCCACUGGAGGCCCCAAUGCACAUAUCAUGGGACCUGAUGCCACCUCCCACAGCCUGAUCUUAGCAGUCACCUCUGACAGCCACAAGUUUGCCUUUCCUGGUAGUGGAAAAGCAGAUGCAGGUGGCCCUGGAGCAGAUGGGCUGUCCAUGCUGUCUGCAUCCAGUGUCUCUGAGAAGCUUGUUCUCUCCAGCAGCCUAGACUCAGGCGGCAUCAAAAUUCCAGAAACUGCUAUGAACUUUGAUCCUGACUGCUUCCUGAAUAACCCGAAGCAAGGCCAGACAUAUGGGGGAAGUGGAUUAAAGCAGGAGAAUGGUUUAUCCGGUGCCUCAUCCUCCUCAACGGCUAGCACUAACGGUUUGCAGCGCUCACCAUCUAUAUCUGAUUCAAACUAUGGCUACAGUUCUGCGCUGGUGAAAAACAUCAAGACUGAGGACACUUCAUUUGAACAACAGCUGGCCAAAGAGGGGAGCUACCAAGUGGGGGCAGUAGUUAGCUGUAGUGUGUCCAGUGGUUCAGGUGGCCAGAACUCACUCACCUUGACCCCAGCUGCCUCUCUGCUGCCCUCUGGAGGGGGCCUGAGUCCCAGCACCACACUGGAGCAGAUGGAUUUUAGUGCCAUCGAUGCAAAGCAGGACUACUCCUCUGGUGCCACAGCAGUAGGUUAUAGCCAGGCAAUGAACAACCUAGCUCACCAAAACCAAUCUCCAAGCUUCUUCCUUCAUGACGCACCACAGCCACCCCAGACCCAGCAGGCUAGGCAGAGUUCUGGCCAGAAGAGCCACCUACUAGAACAUAACUCCCCUGAUGGGGCGUACAUGGGUCUGCAGGUUGUGAAGACAGAAUCGCCUGGCAGUAAUGGCCACAUCCACCACCAUCAUGCCCACCAUGGCCAACACAGAGCCGACUGCAAUGGGGGCUCAACCACGGAAGGACAGGGACAGACUGGCUCCCUUCAGCUCCUGCAGUACCAGGGAGGUUUCCCAGGCCUUGGUCCAGAGCACGAGGAGGUGGUCGGCAUGGAUCAGAGCCGCAAUGUUGGGUCUGCUCAGACUGGGGCCACAGAGAAUGGAACAGAUGGUUUACUGAAGUCCGGUGAUCACCUGCAGGCCUGCGGUGGGGGAAAUGGAGAGACCACAGGAACGGAUCACUUUAUACAGCAGAGCUCUGAGAAUGGACCAGGGUCUGAGGCAGUGGCUUUGAGAAAUGGAAACGGAACAAGUGGACCCAGCAAUGCCUCGCAACAACAACUCCAGCCGCUGCUUCAGGGAGCUAAUUUGGUUCAAGGGCUCUACAACACUGUGGGGGCUCACCAUGGGCUUAGUGGAGCAGGAGCCAACAGUGCAGGAGGCACAGGCAUGGAAAUCAGUUUAGAUCACUUUGACAUCUCUUUUGGCAACCAGUUUUCUGACUUAAUCAAUGACUUCAUCUCAGUGGAUGGUGGAGCCAAUGCUGUAGGGGCUGCAGGGACAUUGUACACCCACCAGUUGGUGGCUCCGCCUGGGUCAGAUGGAACAGCCAACUCAGGUGGGAACCAACAGCAAGGUCAAGGGGAUGCAACCAACAGGGCAGCAGGAUACAGCCCUUCAGAGCUCUGCCUCCAGUCUUGCUGUAGCCCCCAGUCUUUAGGUGGAGGUGGGGGUGGUGGGGGAGGAACAGGAGAGACUGGCUCACUGGCUUACAUGCAUGUUGCUGAAGUAGUAUCAGCAGCAGUUUCUCAGGGCACUCUGGGAAUGCUGCAUGCCACUGGGCGACUUUUUAUGGUCACAGAUUACUCUCCAGAAUGGUCCUAUCCAGAGGGUGGAGUGAAGGUGUUAAUCACAGGACCAUGGCAAGAGGACAGCAGUAGCUACACCUGUCUGUUUGAUCAGAUCUCUGUCCCUGCCUCCCUCAUCCAGCCUGGAGUUUUACGUUGCUACUGUCCUGCCCAUGACACAGGCUUGGUGACUCUGCAGGUGGCUGUCAGUAAUCAGAUCAUCUCUAACUCAGUGGUGUUUGAGUAUAAAGCCCGUGCACUGCCUUCUCUGCCUUCAUCCCAGCACGACUGGCUGUCACUUGACGAUAACCAAUUCAGAAUGUCCAUCCUGGAACGGCUGGAGCAGAUGGAGCGCAGGAUGGCUGAGAUGGCCGGUCAGCAGCAGCAGGGUAGCGGAGGCACAGCAGGGGCUGGAGGAGGAGGAGGUGGAGGAGCCGGAAAUGGAGGCACUAAUAGCCAGUCUCAGUGUGUCUCUGGGCAGGCAGGAAGCUCCUUUGAGAGUCGUGUUGUAGUUGUUUGUGAGAAGAUGAUGAACCGGGCCUGCUGGGCCAAAUCUAAACGCCUGAUUCACUCCAAGACCUUCAGAGGCAUGACCCUGCUGCACCUUGCCGCUGGCCAGGGCUACGCCACCCUCAUCCAGACUCUCAUCAAAUGGCGUACUAAGCAUGCAGACAGCAUCGAUCUGGAGCUUGAGGUGGACCCUCUCAACGUGGAUCACUUUUCUUGUACUCCACUGAUGUGGGCUUGUGCUUUGGGUCACCUAGAGGCAGCAGUUGUCUUGUAUAAAUGGGACCCGAGAGCACUGGCCAUUCCAGACUCUCUGGGCCGCCUGCCUCUCUCCAUCGCCCGUUCCCGUGGCCACACUAAGCUGGCGGAGUGUCUGGAGCAGCUUCAGAGGGAGGAACAGCAGCAGCAGACACCCUCCUCCCUGCCCCCCACCUCCAGCAUGUCUUUCUCUCCCAACCCUGACAUUCCCACCUCCAACAGCUGGAUGGUCAACUGGGGCAGCGACAGUAUGGUGACCCCCAGUGGGCAGAACACUGGCACAGCCACCAUCACUACAACCACUUGCACCAACCAGAACCCUGAUUUGAGAAGGCCAAGAUCAGAGCCUUCCAACUACUACAAUAGUGAGUGCCAGCGGGAUCUUCCCCUCGCCAAGAAACACAAGCCCAACCCUGAGCUUGUGCAAGUACAGCUGGAUAAACCAGUGUCAGUUCCCUUGAGCAUGGAGCAGCAGACACAUAAACUGUCAACCAGCCCUAAGACCCUCCCCUCCAACCCCUCCAGCCCUGACAAGAGCGCCUCUGAAGAAGGUUUAGGGACAGUGGGCAUCCCGCAAGCUAAGAUGGGGUCUUUCCGUGGAGGUCAUAAGUGGGCCUCUAGAGAGGUGCUCAGGAAGGGGGGCGGCAAUGGUGGCAGCAGCGUAGGGAAGGAGAAAUUGGCCAAUCAGCUGAGACAGCAUGGGGAACCCCUCAGCAUGCUUGGAAUGGUGGGGAGAAAAAUGGUAGACACGGAAAUACUCUCCUACAAGGAGGAUCUGGAGAACCAGGCCUGCCUCUCACACAUGAAGGAUCUACAGGCGAAUAUGAUGAGCUUGACAGAGCACAUCAUCGAGGCCACUCCAGAGCAUAUCAAGCGAGAACAUUUCCCACCAGUGGAGUCUGUUCCUCUGGACAACAGUGGGCUCACCAAUACCAUGAGCUGGCUGGCCAGUUACCUGGGAGACGUGGAACACCUGCCCAGCAUCGUCCACUUGAGUCCCAUAUACACUGAACCCCUGACCCCUUCAUCAAACCCUAGUCUGAGCCCGGGAAACUCGCCCAUUCGUGUGGGCCCAUUUGAGAAGCCGACCUUGCCUGCUCCAGCCGAGUGGAGUGAGUUUCUCCGAGCCUCCAACAGCAAGGUGGAGAGAGAGCUAGCCCAGCUCACACUAUCCGACCCCGAGCAGAGGGAACUCUACGAGGCAGCACGGCUGGUGCAGACCGCUUUCCGCAAGUAUAAGGGACGCCCACUGCACGAGCAACAGGAAGUAGCCACCACUGUCAUUCAGCGUUGUUACAGGAAGUACAAGCAGCUAACAUGGAUAGCCUUGAAGUAUGCACUUUAUAAGAAGAUGACGCAGGCCGCCAUCCUUAUCCAGAGUAAGUUCCGCAGUUACCACGAGCAGAAGAAGUUCCAGCAGAGCCGACGGGCGGCCGUGCUGAUCCAGCAAUGCUACCGCAGCUACAGAGAGUUUAGUAGGCUGAGGCCUCACCACCGAGCAGCUACUGCUGCCCUGGUCCAGCACAAACUCAGAAGCAGUCUGCUCACAAAGAGGCAGGAUCAGGCCGCUCGCAAGAUCAUGAGGUUCCUCCGGCGCUGCCGCCACAGCCCCUUGAUGGACCAUAGACUAUUCAAGCGGAGUGAGAGAAUUGAGAAAGGCCAGGGAACAUGAGAGCGUUCAGAAGAGCCCCCUCACAAUGUGACAUUACUCUCCAGACUCUUCUUUUCAGUUUUUCAGUUUCAACCUGAUACGUUUUACAAGAAGAGAAAGAAAAAUAGCAAGAACACUGCAACUCUCACUAUGACUGAUACUACUUCUGCUACAAAACAACUGCAUUUUUUUCAUAUCUCUUUAUUCCUUCUAUUUUUCUUUUUGAGGGAAAGAGCCAAACUCUGUGGAGCAAAACAAACUUAAAGGACGUUGUUUUUGGAGGAAUUACAUUUGCUUCGUGGCAUUUUUUGCACUUUUUAUUGGAUUUAUUUAUCAUUUUUGAGGAGUGUUAAAAAGGGGAAAAACCUGAAUUGGACAGAUGAAGUCCUUCUCUUCAGUGGCUCAUGGAGAGAAGAUAAAAGAAGAUUGUGACAAAAUAUGGAGUUGACAAAGAAAGAUGGCCGGGCCUGUUACAAGUUUAUUACAUAGUUUUUAAGGGUGAAAUUAUACGUUUAGUGGGUAAAAUUGUUACCAAAAAUGGUGAAUAAUUCAUUGAUUGAUUUUUGUACAUGCUUUAAUCCACAGCCAGACAAAUUCAUUCCAGUCUGUCCCUUAUGGUCACCCAUUUUCUCCUAGUUUCAAGGGGAUUGGGCAGCUAAUGAAUGUAAGAGGGAAAUGUGCAGAUGUGACGAGUCAAAUUGAAAUUUUAUUUUGCUAACAUAGCAUAUGUGCAUAAAAUGUAAAUCGUUAACUAUUUUCAAAUUGAUGAUUUCAUCCAUUGAUUUAUUCUGCAAAAUUUUGUCUCAAAUUAAUUCUAUGGUAAAUAUCAACUUCACCUGUAAAGCUUAAUUUUAGUUGUUAGCCGAGUAAAGAAAAUUACAGUGCGGUGAAUCGCUCUAGGCAGAUCUUGUCUUACUUGAAAAUAAGCCACUGUCUGUUUGUUCAUAUUUUUGAACAGAGUUAAACUCCAUGAAUGUACUGGAGACACCAAAUGCCAUCACCUCUGCCCAUAAUUUACUAUUGGCAAGUUAGUUAUAGGCUUCUUUGUCCAUUCUCUAAAUGCUUUCAGGCUUCUAAUGGUCAUUGCUGAAGGUUUUGUUUUGCUGAAAAUUAACAUUUUUAAGCCAUUAUAAGGAAAAUUACAUACAUUGCCUUGAUAUCCUUGACAUACUUUGAAGAGUUCCCAUGCCCGGGGUCAAACAAAUCCAUAUUUUUGACAACUGAGCGGAUCCUGUACAUAAAGAGGGUUGCUGGUACAUGAAGUAAAACAUUUAUCUAAGCCGGGUUGUAUUUUAGAAAUAUAUUAUUUUACGCAUUGAAUGGGAUCAAAACAGAUUAGCAUCAAAAUCUGAAUAUUUGUAUAGUUUUCUUUGAAUGCCUAAGAAGUAUGGUUGUAUCACUUGUACAUAGUGUAAAUACCUGGGAUAAAGUCAAGCUACUGUAUGUGCAUGACAAAAUGAACAAAGAUACAAAAAAAAAAAAAAGAUCAAAAGCAUUAGUGGCUAUGCUCUGUAAAACUAUUUCACUAUAAGAAUAUUUUAUUUUCCUUUGUUCUUGAGAAGAACAUUUUGCUAAAGCAUGACUUUCCUGCAAUUAUGAAAAAUACUGUAUUAACGAGGUAGGAGAAAAGGCAAAAUGAUCAUUAGACAAAAAGGUUAUGUUUACAUCUGUUUGUUUGUUUGUUUGUUUGUUUGUUUGUUUGUUUGUUUUUGGGGCUACCAAGAAUCUUUUUGCCAAUGGUGCCAAGUAAAGUGAAUGCUACUGCUUAACACAGGAAGUUAAUCAUUGCUGAACAGAUAAUCAUACGGUACAAUGUGAUCAAAUUCACUUGCAUUCAAUUGCAUAACCAGUGAACAUGGAGAGGGUCUCGGAUGAAGGUGUAUUUCAAAAAGGAUCUUUAAAUCUCUCACAUAUCCCGUUUAGUUUAUUUUUAUUUGUUUGGUGUUUCAUUGGCCCAUUGUUGGUAGUACAUUUGUAAUGUCAAUGAGAUUCAAUUUCUUUUUUUUUUUUUUUUUUUUUUUUUUUGGGAGGUAUAUUUGGAUUCUACAGAAAUAGUGGCCCUAACUGCAGCAUUAUGCAGCUUUAAGGUUAAAGUUUAGAUAGUUUUGUUCAACAAGAUGUGCAAAAAACCUUGUGAGUUGACAGUUAAGACCUAGAGUAAACCAUUAUCUCUCAAACAUACAGUACGCUGAAACAAAGUUGCUAAAUCCAGAGCACUACACUAAAUGAACAACCAUAGAAGAGAUUUCCUGUUAUGCAUGUAAAGGGGAUUCUUUUGGUGCUAAAAAACCUUGGUGUCGAGGGGCCGAUAUACCUCCAAAGAUCAAUACAUUUUCCAGUGUUGUGGUGGCUUUUGAAAAUGAUUACAUAUUCGCAGAAAAUGAGUAAAUAUCUAAACGCGUGUUGUAAUGACACCAGUUUAUAAGAUAAUGCACAAGAUAAUGUGUAUAUACAGGUAUUCCAGUUCAUUUUCCCUUUAUGUUCAAAGUUAAAAUGCUUUUUGUCAUCUUUUGUAUUUGUUUCUCUGUUAAAGAGAAUCAUAUGUAAAUAUUUUCUUCAGAGUGCUUAUGUUGGAAGUGCCUGACUCCAGCGAGCUGUGUGUCUGCAUGUACGGUUUAUUAGGGACUAAUUGGCUAUAGCAAGUAAUUCUUUCAAGCUAAAAUUCCUUUACGUUAAUUUUCCAUGGGUUUCUUUGUCCAUAUUUUCUUCUCUGUGUAUUUCAUGGUAAUGCACCAGGAAUUUAUGGGUUUGUCAUAACUCAUGUCUUCUAUUGGAACUGCCAGAUGAUCCCACAAGGACUGCGGUUCUUGCCUUGCAUUCAUCAUUCCGGUAGCAGUUUUAAGUUGUCAGCUGAUGCACCAUGGUGGCAACUUGUGUCUUAUUAUGCUUGCAUGGGUAACAUAGAUAAUCGGGUGGCUAAACAGCACCCAAAGCAUGCUUAUUUUUGUAGAUUUGGUAGUCAGGUAGACUUGUUGAAGAAAUAUUGUUCUGUAAAGCAGAUGAUUUCAUGGGUUGCAGAACUUCAUAAGAUUGAGGGCUUCUAAGUAGGCAGCAGACACGUAACUUGCAGUACAAAAUCAUCAGUACUCAUACAUACAGGGGCAGCAUGAAUUGUUUUCUUUUUUUCCAAAUAGGAUUUAGGAUUCUUGUUUAGUCUUAAAUUGCAUUGAAUUCAGUUUCACUCUAUUUUCUUUAUUUACAUUUGCAUUUCUUCAACCACACAAAAAAACAGGUCAAAACGUGUACCUCAUACAAAAACACACCAUAGAACUGUGUCCAUAUCCAUGUUAAAGUGUCCAUGGCACUAGUGCAGUUGAAACCUUGUAUGUGAAUCUCGCCACUUGCUGUCGAGUUCACUUUUUUAUCUUAACUCAGGUGCCAAACUGGAGAAAUGGAGGUGGAGCAGGUCACUUGAGAAUUAGCUGCUGCUUAUUGGUAAAUGAGCCAGUCCGUCCUGAUCAAAUGACUGUGAUUCUGAAUAUGUCAUGCUUUUUUUUAUUUUUUUUUUAUUUUUUUAUCAACUGUGUGAGCUGAGUUGGCAUACCAUAGAAACUUCCAUUGCCCCUGCAACAGAGUGGCACUGGUGUUGUAUAAGAGUGCUCAAGCCCAUUCAAAUGGAAUAGGUCCGUAUGAAUGUGUCUGCUUCUUGUGUAAAUAUACGCAUGGAUGUUUCAGUGGUAGAAACUCCCUCAACUUUGCAAAACAGUUCAGCUUCUCCAUAUCCAGAUUCUAUAGUCACUGUACAAACAAACUGCUGUGGAUAUACUGUAUCACAAUAAUGAAAUAAAGUGCUGCUCAAAUCUUACCAUCAUCACAACCGUUACUAUAGCCAUAGAUGUGUGUUUUAGCUGUAGUUUAUAAAUGCCAGACAAUAACCUCAUUUGGUUGCAUACGGGUUCAUUUUGAGAAUUCUCCUUUAAUGGUAUCACAGCUCAGCCCACAGAAGAUACCUCAUCACUUUUGUUUUUCUAUCACAUCACCAACUACUUAGAGAGACUGCCUUUGAUCCUCUUCUGUUUACCGCUCCCAUUUUUCAGAAAGGUAGUCACAGGGAAAACAGGGCCCACCAAGUUUUACCACUCAUGGACACUGAGCAAUAAGCAAUUCCUGAAGUGGAGACCUGUAGAGCUAAUGGGUAAAGUGAUGUAUUGGAUACACGUAGCUGAUUUACUCUUAUGCAAAUGGCAGUAUUGUGAGAUUAGAACGCAGUAGUUUAAGGACAGUGCUUAUACGACACCCUUCAUGGAGCUGCACGUUUUCAUCCCUUUCAAACCCAGAAAAUAGUGGUCCUGCCUUUAUUACAAGCUACACUUGGGGCUCUCUACACUUUGCAUGUUAAACUAGUGUUAGAUCUACUUUCCUCUCCUCUCUAGCAGUCUUUCUCUCUGUCUCUCCCAGUUAUGUAGCCCUCUUCCUUCCAAAUACCCCUACUAAGUUAACCCCUUUUAUUUUUUUAUUUUGAAAUGUCUGUUUUUCUUCUCUUCCCUUCCCUGGUUUGAACAAUUUAUUUUUGUAAUUGUGCAUGUUAAAGAGUCACUGAAUCGAUGGAUAUGUUAAAAAAGAGAAUUCAGCUGCUGAAGCCAUGCAAAAUGUUUUGAAUUGCCCUUAAAAUAUGAAAGAUGUUUUCUGAAUGCUUUAUAUUCUCUCUGCUGUAAAAUAAUAAAAGGGGAAAAACUUAAGAAAA